CUGACCUCUCCGCCAAACUCUCUGACCUCACCUCCACCUUCACUUCCCUCCCUACUCCUAUACUCCUUUCAGUUUAGACCCACAAAUCUCUCUCUCUCUCUCUAUCUCUCAGUUUAGACCCACAAAUCUCUCUCUCUCUCUCUCUCUCUCUCUCUCUCUCAACCUCCACUCUUUCACUCUAUCACCCUUACCUUCACACUACAUCCAGACUCCAGCCUUCCAUUUUCUUUUUGCAUUUGACAACUUCCUCUGCAUUUGAUAAUCAAUACAGCCACUUCUGCUUCCUUUUACUUCUCUCUUCAUUAAGGCAUGAGAGAAUUGAGGCCAAUGAGUUACAAUUGUUUUGACGCAUGAGCUCAAAACUAUUUCGGAAUUUCCGGUUUGUCUCGAAAUCUCGAAAAUUUGGUUUGGGAUCGGUCUUGAAAUUGGGAUUUCCGAAAAUUUCGAUUUGGGAAUCGGGGCAAGGGUUUCAGUUCGGUAUCCCAUACCGAACCAGCCCUACCAGUUCCCUAAAAACUCCGCCGAUUCCAACUUGCUAAAUCCAACCCAAAUAUUUUGAACAGUUUAAAAAUUAGAUACUCUUGGGACGUAGGAAGUUAGGCUCCCCAUGUCCAUAAAGAUUUCAUGCACAUACAAAGUUAUAGUACCACAAACUGUAACGUGAGAAAGUUAAGACAAAUUAUAAAAUUUGAUAAUACAUUAUUAAAUUAGAAUACCUCCACAUGCAGGAAUCCUAAAUGAAUAAGGAGCUUUUCUACCGUAAAGAAAGGUAAAGACUACUACAAUUUUAGAUAAUAUGAUUGGUUUGAAAUACCUCCACAUACGGAAACCUAGAUGAAUAAGGAGUUUCCAUUGAGAUAAUAAUUCUCAAAUCUUAAUGAAAUAUGGAUAGUGUAACAGAAGGAAGACUGUCCAAAAAUAGUUAGGAUGAUUACGGAUAAACAUAAAAUAAUGACCCUAAAAACACUAUAUAUAGCAGGGGCAAACCAAAGACCAAAUCAUGGUAUAGAUUUAUAAAUUGCAAGAGCAGCAAGCGUAUUUCCUCAUUGGCUUGAUAUAAUACUAUAGCUAGGGCACGCUUUGUUCCAUCAUAAACGUAACAUUUUUUAUCAAACACACAAAAAAAGGAAGCACAAAUAAUAUGGGGAGGGGAGGCAAGUCGGCUAACGGGGAAGCAAGAGAAGGAGGGGAACAAGAAAACAAGGCUGCAUGGCUUAUUGGUGUUAACAACCUCAAGAUCCAGACUUUCAAUCUCCCGAGACUUGGACCCAAUGAUGUUCGAAUUAAGAUCAAGGCCGUAGGCAUUUGUGGAAGCGACGUUCAUUACCUCAAGACCAUGAAGUGUGGGGAUUAUGAAGUUAAGGAGCCAAUGGUGAUUGGCCAUGAGUGUGCUGGGAUCGUAGAUGCAGUCGGUAGCGAGGUGAAGCAUCUGGUUUCUGGCGAUCGCGUGGCUUUAGAGCCCGGCAUCAGCUGCGCAAAGUGUCAUCAGUGCAAAGGAGGCCGCUACAAUCUUUGCCCUGACAUGAAGUUUUUCGCCACCCCGCCAGUUCAUGGUUCCUUGGCGAACCAGAUUGUGCAUCCUGCGGACUUGUGCUUUAAGCUUCCUGAGAAUGUGAGCUUGGAGGAAGGGGCAUUGUGUGAGCCCUUGAGUGUUGGGGUUCAUGCUUGUCGGAGGGCCAAUGUCACUCCGGAAACAACUGUUCUGAUCAUCGGAGCAGGGCCGAUUGGGCUUGUUUCCGUGCUAUCUGCUCGUGCUUUUGGGGCGCCAAGAAUUGUCAUUGUGGAUAUGGAUGACCAGCGUCUAGCUAUGGCAAAGUCUCUUGGUGCCGAUGAAACCGUCAAAGUUUCAACAAAAGCUGAGGAUUUGGAUGACGAAGUUGCCAAGAUUAAAAAAGCCAUGAAGUCCGAAGUGGAUGUGACCUUUGACUGUGUAGGUUUCAACAAAACCAUGUCAACAGCUCUCGCCGCCACUGGUCCCGGCGGCAAGGUCUGCCUGGUCGGAAUGGGACACAGCAUGAUGACUGUCCCUCUCACUUCUGCUUCUGCCAGGGAGGUGGAUGUGGUUGGAAUUUUCCGAUACAAGAAUACGUGGCCGCUUUGCAUCGAGUUUCUGAGAAGCGGGAAGAUCGACGUGAAACCUCUUAUUACGCACCGUUUCGGAUUUUCCCAGAAGGAAGUGGAAGAUGCCUUUGAGACCAGUGCUCGUGGAGGCAAUGCUAUUAAAGUCAUGUUUAAUUUGUAGGGACACUGCAAGCUUGUUACCUGAUCACUUAUCACUCAAUAAUCAAGUUUAUUGACCUAAAAGAGCUCAUCAAAAAAGUUCAAUCGUAUGGUUUUAUCCAGAGUGUUUAUAGUGUUACUUGUAGGGACUUCCCAUUUUGUUUGUAUUUUGGAUUGUGGUUUGUUUUUUUGGGGCUUUUUUUUAUUGUUUAUAGAAUAUAACUAAUUUAUAAAUAUGGUGGUGAGGGACGCUCUUUGUUAAUUUGACCGGAUUGAAAUUUCCGGCAAAGUUUUUAUCGAGGCCCAUGUAAUUGCAUCCUAUCCAAAAAAAUAAAAAUAAAAACCACUUGCUAGUUUACCA